AUGUUAAAGCUCUCAAAAGAAUUUACCAAAAAUAUACUUCAACGUCAAUUUUCUAAAUCUAUCGGAAUUGAUUUAGGUACAACCAAUUCUUGUGUAUCAGUCCUUGAAGGUGGACAACCUAAAGUCAUAGAAAACUCAGAAGGUAUAAUUCGAUCUAUCAUAUAGUCCACAAAAUAUUUAUCUAUCAAAUUAAUAGAAUUUUCAAGGUAAAUAAAUAUAUGAGAACUACCCCCUCUGUUGUUGCAUUUACAUCAGAAGGAGAAAGGCUUGUUGGCAUCUCAGCUAAAAGGCAAGCAGUCACAAACCCUGAAAACACUGUUUACGCUACUAAAAGAUUAAUAGGAAGAAGAUUCGAUGAUCCUCUUGUCCAAAAAUCUAUGAAAACCCUCGGGUAUAAAAUCGUCAGAGCUACAAAUGGAGAUGCAUGAGUAGAAGCUGGAGGUAAAAAAUAUUCCCCAAGCCAAAUCGGAGCUUUUGUGUUAAUGAAAAUGAAAGAGACUGCAGAAGGCUAUUUAUUCCCCUUCCCACUUUAAAUUAGAUUGGAACACAAAAUUCUGUUCCAAUUUAAAAGGGGUUUAAAAAAGAGAUAUUAAAUUUUUCUUAAAAAACAAUUUUAUAAAAAUUAAAAAAUAAAUUGAACAACAUUUUGAAUUUUUAUUAAAAUUUAAAUCGAUUCAGAGUGAAAACUGUUUAAAUAAUACUAAAUGCACUUUUUUAAUUAAAUUUGGCCAAAUUUUCAUCUAUAAAAUUUUCCUAUUGAAAAAAAGAAUUUGCUACAAUUUAAAUGGGGGUUAAAGUACCCAAAAAAUGGGGGAAAGGGAAGUUAGGUGAAAAAGUAGAAAAAGGAGUCGUCACAGUGCCAGCUUAUUUUAAUGAUUCACAAAGGCAAGCUACAAAAGAUGCAGGGCAGAUCGCAGGCUUGCAAGUGGAACGAAUUAUCAAUGAGCCAACAGCUGCUGCCUUGGCAUAUGGAUUGGAUAAAAAUGAAGGAAAAAUUAUAUUCUAUACUGGAUUGAGACUAAUAUUUUCUGUUAAGUGAUAAAUAUCUCUAUAGCCCUUUUUUUAAAUUUAAUUAUUUAUAUUUCUAGAAUCUUUAAUUUGCUUCAACUAAAUAUAGUAUAGCUGUUUUUGAUUUAGGUGGAGGAACCUUUGAUAUUUCCAUACUUGAAAUUUCGCAAGGAGUAUUUGAAGUGAAAGCUACAAAUGGGGAUACCAUGCUUGGAGGGGAAGAUUAUGACCACACAGUGCAGUCCUAUAUUAUAGAUGAAUUUAAAAAGGAGACAGGAAUUGAUUUAAAAUUCGAUAAAACUGCACUCCAAAGAAUUAGAGAGGCUGCAGAAAAAGCAAGGGUUGAACUAUCUUCAAGCACUCAAUCAGAAAUAAAAGAACCAUAUAUAACUGCGGAUAAAACUGGUCCGAAGCAUUUAAAUUUGAAAAUAUCACGAGCUAUCCUUUCAGUAUUGAUAUUGCAAUUUAAAAUAAUAUAGCUAUUUCGAGAAAUCAAUUAUUUGCAUCAGCAUUAAUAUGAUAUUUUUUGGGGAGUAAAGCACUAUCUGUGAUUCUUUAUGUGCUUAGAUCUUUAAAUAGGCAUAUAAAUAUUGCUAUCUAUUAUUAAAAAAUGAUAUUAUUAAUAUAAAUCAGCAUAAAUUAGAGCAGCUGACUGAUAACUUGCUAGAUAGGACAAAAAAGCCUUGCGAGCAGUGCAUGAAAGACGCGAAUCUUAAUAAAAAUCAAAUCCAAGAAGUUUUGCUAGUAGGCGGGAUGACAAGAAUGCCAAAGGUGCAAGAAUUUGUAAGGAGUUUUUAUGGAAAAACUCCUAAUAAAAGUGUAAACCCAGAUGAAGCUGUAGCUAUGGGUGCUGCAAUCCAGCAGGCAUACAUUAAAAUGAAGUUCUGAACCAACUCAUCCUCUUAGAUCCUGUAGCUGGCAUCCCACAGAGUGCGCAGGGACUUUGAGGAAGGGAGGAUGGCAUUAAGGAAUUUGCAUCCGGCAAGGUUUUUCUUGGUAUGGUGAAGCACAAUAUCGGGCUAGCCGACAGCAUGCUUUGCUCCAAUGCCAAGUUUUUUUUGCCGAAGAGGGGAAUGGAGCUGAGAGUUGUAAAGGAAUCUUCCAACAUAGCCAGAAGUAUUUUCUUGGCCAUCGAGACUGUUUCUAGCGUGAAAUCAGGAGCUAUGCUCUGGGGCUUCGGAUUUCCAUUCUUGCCAAGAGUCGAUCAGAAAAUUCGACAUUAUGAUUUUACAUGGUGGGCAACUUUGAUGACGUACAGCACGGUGACACAACUCAUCCAACUACAGGGAGAAAGUGCAGACCCUUUUCGGGCAGGAGCAUCUUUUAAUUUCGUGCACUAACUGGCGAGCAGGCGAAGGGGGCCUUAUGGGUGGAGUUAGUCCUUCUGGAAUUACAGUGAACUUCUCUAUAAUUCCAAUAAACGUAAAACGCAAUCCAAGCAGGCGUUCUACAAGGCGAGAUGGGUGGAAUCGUCCUUCUAGAUGUGACUCCUCUUUCACUAGGCAUAGAAACACUUGGUGGUAUAUUCACCAGAAUCAUCAACAGAAACACCACAAUUCCAACCAGAAAAUCUCAAGUUUUUUCUACUGCAGCAGAUAGCCAAACAACAGUCACUAUAAAAGUAUUGCAAGGUGAAAGAGAAAUGGCCAACGACAAUAAACUGCUAGGCAAUUUUGAUUUAACCGGAAUACCUCCAGCCCCAAGAGGAAUGCCUCAAAUAGAAGUUACCUUUGAUAUAGACGCAAAUGGGCUUGUCCAUGUAUUAGCUAAGGAUAAAGCUACAGGAAAAGACCAAAGCAUUACAGUUCAGUCUUCUGGAGGACUAAGCAAAGCUGAUAUAGAAAAAAUGGUAAAAGAGGCUGAAAGGCUAAGGGCUGAAGAUGAAAAAAAGAGAAAUUUAAUUGAUAUAAGGAAUGAAGCUGAUAAUACUAUCUAUAAUAUAGAGAAAACUAUGCAUGAGCACCAAGAUAAAAUUGCUGAAAAUGUGAAAAACGAUAUAAACCAAGCGAUUUCAGAAUUAAAAGAAAAAUUGCAACAGGAUGAUGCAGAUGAAAUAAGGAGAGGAAUUGAUAGAAUUAAAGAAUUAUCAUUAGAAAUAGGAAAAGCUAUUUAUCAAGGAAGUGGACAACAACAGCAGCAAGCGCCAGAGGAAAAUCAAGAAGGCGAUAGCAGUAAAAAUGCCUAG